AUGCACCACGCGCGCGUCGCCGCGCCCGCGGCGCCCGCGCGACCGUCCUUCCUCUCUCCCCGACGACGCGCGACGCCCUCGCGCCGCCGCGCCGUCGCGUCCUCCUCGUCCUCGGUCUUCUCGCGCGAUGCCGACGACGACGACGACGACCCGUCGAGGCGCGUGCUCGCGAUCGACGUCGGCACGUCCGCGCUGAAAGCCUCGCUGCUCUCGCCGUCCGGCCGGACGCUCGCGUCGUCGUCGACGCCGUACGCGACCGGGACGACGCGCCCGCGCGCUCACCCCGGCGCGGUCGAGCAGGACCCGGACGAGUGGGUCGACGCGUUCGCGCGAACCGCGCGCGACGUUCUCGCGGACGACGACGAUUCCGGCGUCGUCGUCGCCGGCGUCGCGCUGAGCGGUCAGAUGCAGAACGUCGUCUUCGCGAAGGGCGGUCGAGCGAUCCGCCCCGCGCUUUUGUACUCCGACGUCCGCGCGACCGCGGAGGCGGCCGCGAUCGAGGACGCGCUUGGCGGCGCGGACGCCAUCUCUCGAGUCCUCCACAAUCACAAGGGCGCGGCGGGGUGCCUGAGCAAGUGGAUUUGGGCGGCGAAACGCGAGCGUCGCGUCGUCGAAGCCGCGGACGCGAUUCUUCUGGGCGCGCACUCCUACCUCGCGCACGUCCUCACGCGCGGCGACGCGAGCGCGUGCGACGCGACGACCGCGAGCACGACCGGGAUGUUGGCGCCGUUGAACGGCGACCGCGACGGUCGCGACGGUUCGCGUCCGCGGUGGGCGACGGACGUCCUCGGCGCGUUCGACGGCGUCGACCCGCGAAAGUUGCCGGCGUUGAUCGCCGGCCGCACGCCCGCCGCGGUCGGCGCGAUCGACGACGCCGUCGCGGACGCGCUGGAGCUCCCGAAGGCGCUGCGAGGCGCGAGGGUGUUUCACGGCGUGGGCGACCUCGCGAGCACGACGAUCGGCGCGACGGGGUGGGACCUCGGGGAUGGCGGCGCGCGGGAGUACUUAUACUUGGGGACGUCAGGGUGGAUCGCGCGGACGUGCGCGGCGCAGGACGACGACGCGAAUUCUUCGUCGUCGUCCGCGGACGGCGUCUUCGAGCUCCUGCACCCGGACCCGCGCCUGCGCAUCGUCGCGAGCAGCAUGGUCACCGCGGGCGGCGCCGCGGAGUGGGCGCGCGCCGCGUUCUUGGGUUCGUCGCGUACGGGUAAUAACAGUCUCGCCGACCUCGACGCGCUCGCGGCGUCGGCGCCGCCGGGCUCGGGCGGGGUGCUCUUCCUCCCGCACCUCGCGGGCGAGCGGAGCCCGUUCACGGACGCGAACGCGCGCGGCGGGUUCGUGAACCUCUCGAUGAAGUCCGACGCCGCCGCGAUGGCGCGCGCGGUUCUCGAGGGCGUGGCGUACAACUACCGAAGCUUAUCGAUCGCGUUGGGGUCGGAGGGGGAGGGGCGCGGGGGGGAGCGACGCGGCCGCGGGGGCGCGUUGCCCGUCGUCGGCGGCGGCGCGCGGUCGGCGCUGUGGACGCGGACGCUCGCGGACGUUCUUAAUCGGCCGGUAAGACCAGUCGCGGACGCGACGGAGAUCGCCGCGCGAGGCGCCGCCGCGGGAGUGUUCGUCGCGUGCGGGUCGUGGGGGAGCGACGGCGAGCCGCCGCGCGGGUACUUUCCAGUCGACGACGACGCGUCCGACUUGUCCGACGACGACGGCGUCGUGUACCCGGACGCGGAGAACGCGGAGGCGCACGCGAGGAACCACGAGGUGUUCGCGAAGCUGCACGCGGCGAUCAAGACGAGCGGCGUGGACGCGCUCGCGAACUGA